CCCCAAUCCAUCUCCAACCUCACCCACCUCCGACCUCACCUCGCCCAACCGCCAUCAUGGCCUCCAACAAUGUCUCCCCCCUCUUCCGCCUCCUCACUCCCCUCCUCCAAACCGUCCGCCGCACCGCCGCCCCCUCAACCACCGCCCUCCCCGUCCGCAGCAUCUCGACCACACCCGCAAACCUCGCCUCGGGCGGCUCAAUGAACCCCAAGAACCGCGGUGGCGGCGGCAAGAAAGACCCUAGGGUGCAAUUGAUCCGUUACCAUCUCCAGCACUCGACGACGCCGCGACCCCUGCGCCUGAGUCGCAUGAGGAGUCUGCGACACUGGACGAUCCAUCGCGCGUGGAUGCUGUUUAGGCGGCAGAAGAUGUCGGAGGAGGAGCUGGAGCUGCAGAGGAUGUACAAGAGCAUGCACAAUGCUUGUGAGGAGCUGCGGGCGCUGCAGGGGCCGGGCGACAAGAAUGCUGGACGCCUGUACAGAAUCGCUUUGGAGAAGAAGGGUAUCUUUGGCCCGAACGGAGUGCCAAUUGAGUAUGCGCGUGCGCAGACGGAUACACCAGGAAAAGAGCCGUGGGACCACUCGUGGACCCGUUAGGAGGAAGCAUGGAUAGGUCAAAGGGGGGUGCUAUAGAAUUUCUGGGAGGGACAGAGUUCAUCGAAUAUUGUACGAAAUGAGAUGGAGAUGUUGGAGGGGAACAUAGACGAGGAGUCGAGGGGAUAUCCCAAAGCAGGGCGCUCAUGUAUAACAGCUUGUAAAAUUCGCUUCCAUCCUAUGUACACUUUUGCUCAUCCAUCG